UUACAUGUUAUUAUAACACACUAUGGCAUCAUCUAAUUUUUACGGUGAGGUGACUCCUGAUAUUUUGAAGGGCGGUGCUCAGGAGGACCGUGGUGAGACUGCUCGUAUGCAGUAUUUCAUUGGUUCUAUAGCUGUUGGUGAUUUGGUGAAGACCACCCUUGGUCCUAAAGGCAUGGACAAAUUACUACAGCCUAUGAACAUGGACGGUCCUCGCGGUGAGAAUGUGAUAACUAAUGACGGCGCCACUAUAUUGAAGUCUGUUUGGUUGAACAAUCCUGCAGCUCGCAUAUUGGUUGACGUUUCUAUGCAGCAGGAUGCUACUUGCGGUGACGGUACUACUGGUGUCGUUGUUCUUGCAGCUGAGUUAUUGCGCAAUGCUGAGAAGCUUUUAGAGCAGCGUCUUCAUCCUCAAUUGAUUUGUAUUGGUUAUCGUCGUGCUUUACAGGUAGCUCGUAAGCGUCUUGAGGAGAUAACCUUUUCCAGUAAAUCCGACCCUGCUAAAUUUGAAUCUGAUUUAUUUAAGAUAGCUUGCACUACUUUAUCGUCUAAGUUACUUCGUUUGGAGAAAUCUCAUUUUGCUCGUUUGGCUGUCGAUGCUUUAUUACGUAUGAGUCGUGACAUUGACUCUAGUGCCAGUAGUGUGAAGGACGCUUCAUCUCACAUUAAUUUGAGUUUAAUUCAGAUAUUGAAGAAGCCAGGUGGUUCUUUGAAGGAUUCUUAUCUAGAGGAAGGUUUUAUUUUAGAGAAGCGUAUUGGUGUUGGUCAGCCUAAGGUUAUGACUGACUGCAAGGUUUUGAUUGCCAAUACUCCUAUGGACACUGACAAGGUGAAGAUUUAUGGUGUUAAGGUUAAUGUUGACAGUUUUGAAUCGGUUCGCGCUUUAGAGCAGAGUGAGAAGCAGAAGAUGAAGAACAAGGUCGAUCGCAUAUUGCGUCAUGGUUGCAAUGUUUUUAUAAAUCGUCAAUUGAUUUACAAUUAUCCCGAUCAGUUAUUUAAGGAGGCUGGUGUGAUGGCUAUUGAGCAUUCUGAUUUUGACGGUAUGGAGCGUUUGGCUAAGUGUUUAGGUGGUGAGAUUGUGAGUACUUUUGAUACUCCUGAGAGUGUGACUUUGGGUCACUGUGACAAGAUAGAGGAGAUUUUGGUUGGUGAGGACCGUUUAAUUCGUUUUAGUGGUUGUGCUCGUGGCGGUGCUUGUUCUAUAGUUUUACGUGGUGCUUCCAGUCACGUUUUGGAUGAGGCUGAGCGUUCACUUCACGACGCUUUGGCAGUUCUUGCUGAGACUAUAAGUGACGGUAAGGUUGUUUGUGGUGGUGGUUGUGCUGAGCUUGAGAUGGCUACUGCUAUCUUUGAGCAUGCUAAGACUAUUGAGGGUAAGGAGAGUUUGGCUGUUGAGGCUUUUGGUGCCGCUUUGCUUAAGUUACCCGAGUACAUUCUUGCUAAUGGUGGUUACGAUUCCGCUGAUAUCAUAAGCAAGUUGAAAUCUGCCCACGCUUGUGGUAACAUAUAUGCUGGUAUAGACAUUGAGCGUGGCGGUGUUGGCAACAUGUUAGAGCUUGGUAUUUAUGAGAGUCUGAAGUCCAAAUUAUCUCAGAUUUGUCUUGCUACUGAGGCUGCUGAGACUAUUGUUCGUGUUGAUGACAUUAUUAAGUGCGCUCCUCGUGAGCGUCAGCCUGGCGUUUAA